AUGUCUGCAACAUCUCGUAAUCCUGGAAAUUGGCACUGGACGAGUAAAGAUUGUCGUCCAUGGACAAAAUCAUAUUUUGCAAAAGAAUUGAUUGUUUCAGCGGAAAAAAACGGUAUUUUUGCAUCAAUUACAAAGUUAACGGAUUGUACUGGCGAUGUAGAUGUUUCUAUGAGGAAAGGAAAGAUUAUUACUAUUUAUGAUUUGAAAAUUGUUCUUGAAUUUAAUGGGAGAUUAGUAGAUGGCACAGAUGUUUCUGGAUCUAUAACGAUCCCAGAAGUUGCUUAUGAUACUGAUCAAUAUGUGUUUGAAAUAGAGGUGUUUUCUGAAACAAAAGAAAAUCAAAUUAUCAAAGAAUUUAUCAAAUCUGAGCUUGUUCCGCAGAUCGAAGAGCGGUUGUCACUUCUUGGGGAAGUUCUUAUAGAAACUCAUGGGAAAGAUGUUCUUUUAUCUGUCGACAAAGGUGUUACACCAAAGCCAUCUGAGCCCAUUGUAGAUCAUAGUGUUUCUAGGAAUGGUGUAAAUACUACUAAAGCUGUUUAUGGGACUGAAUCGGCUUCAAGAAUAGGAAAUCAUUCAAUUAUCAAUACUGUAUUGAUCUCUGAUAAUAUUGAUUUUCAAGCUCCUGUUUCUGAGCUGUAUAAUACUUUUAUAGAUUUUUCUCGUGUAAAAACAUGGACACGUUCGUCACCACAUAUUGAUCCUAAAGUUGGAGGUAAAUUUUCUCUUUUUGGAGGAAAUGUUCAAGGUGAAUUUUUAAAAUUGAUUGAACCAAAAGAAAUCACUCAGUUAUGGAGAUUGGGAACUUGGCCAGAAGGUCAUUACGCUAAACUAAUUUUAAUAUUUGAUCAGGGAAUGACUGGAACUACAUUAAGGAUGAAAAUGGAAGGUGUUCCUGUUGAUCAAGAAGAUGUUGUCAAAUCUAAUUUUGAAGAGUAUUAUGUUAAACCCAUUAAAACUGCAUUUGGAAAUACACUUCAUGAUAAAGGUUUGGAACUUGUUUAUCCAGUAAAAAUAUAUGAUACAAAGUAUUAA